GGAGUAUUUGGUUGUAUUAAGGCGGCAUUAGUUAGCACAAUAAAUUAAAACCAAUAUUAUAGAUAUCAUGUUUUCAAGGGAGUCCGAAAAUGACAUGGAAUUACUGAGAGCACGCUAUCUGGCAGGUUGCAGGACAUCGAUGGUCAUACGAUUUGUCAGAGUUGUUACACCUUUGAUUGUCCUUGCAUUCUUACUGGGAAGUACGAUGCAGUUCAUAUCACAUAAUAACGAAAUAAUGCUCAGGUAUGAAAAAGAUAUUCAAGUACUGAGAGCAGCAAUUAAAGACAGAGAUGUAGCUGAACAUAGAAUAAAGCGUGAAAUUGCUGAUUCCAUUAAAUCACAUAUGGCAUCGCACGUAAUUACGAAGAGAUCAAACAGAAAUUCCUCAAAUGGAGGAAAAGAAUACUUAGAACGCAAAAAUGCUGGAGGAAUAACUUAUUUGAGAUGGGGAAGAAGAGAUUGCCCAAAUCAAGGGAUCACAAGAUUUGUCUAUUCUGGAUAUAUGGCAGCAAGUCAUUACACUCAUACUGGAAGUGGAGCAAAUUACAUGUGUCUUCACCAUAACGUUUCUUACACUCCAGGAAAAUAUGUUGAGGGAACUCAAGGAAGUUCUGCGGUUUAUGGAGUCGAAUUCCGAGACGGUGCUUGGAUGUAUCAAUUAUUUGAUUUGACGUUGACUGAAACAAAUUCAUUGCAAUUUCAUUCUGUACCAUGUGCUAUGUGCAUGGCAGAAGCUCGAGUAUCAAAGAUGAUGAUUCCUGGGAGAGACGAUUGUCCCAAAGGUUGGCACAGAGAAUAUGUGGGAUAUAUAAUGUCUAGCGGUCACAGUGACAAGCACUCGACUGAGUUCAUUUGUGUAGACGAAAGACCUCAAAUUGUUCCGGGCACGAUAGGAGAUCAGAAAGGAGGAUCCCUGCAGAUGGUUGAAGUUCAGUGUCCUUCACUACUUUGUGAACCCUUUGUAGCAGGCAGAGAGUUGAGAUGUGUAGUCUGUACACUUUGAUAUUGUUUUAAUAAGAAAAGUUAAAUAAAAUA